ACGUAUUUUCACCCACCUAGGCAGCCGCGCCGUCUGCGACGUGUUAUUGCGUAUCUCUGUUUCGUUAGCUGUUACAGAAACAAAACAGACGAAAAAGAGUCGCAAGCUGUGUGAGUGAAAGCAGAUACCACUGGCAUCCCGGAUAGCAGAAGAUACUUGUCGUUUGCAGUUUCUGCAUCGCUUCUGUUAGAACAAUGGCUGAUAAUACAGUAUGUCUCAGUUGUGGAUCUGAUUCUGCAGUCGUCAACUUGUUCGGCGCAACGGUGACGUCAUGGAAAGUGGAUGGAAAGGAAGCGUUAUUUUUAAGCGAGAAAGCGCGCUUCGACGGAGAGACUCCUAUUCGUGGUGGAAUACCCAUCGUAUUUCCACACUUUGGACCUUGGGAAAGUGGACCUCUUCACGGCUUCGCACAGAUGCUUCAGUGGACCGUCAGAGAAGCCCCGCAUGAGUCUGACAACGGUGGUACGACAACAGCGCUAGGCCUAAUGCACAGUCCAACUACGCGUGAUAUGUGGGAUUACAGGUUCGAAGCUCUCUACAGGGUUACCUUGAAGAAAAGCGAACUGGUGUUGGACCUUGAGGUUACAAAUCAAGACGAUGCACCAUUCGAUUUCACGACGUUGUUGCACACAUAUUUUUUGCUGUCCAAUGUGCGGGAUUGCUUGAUUUCUGGCUGUAAAGGAUGUUCGUACAUUGAUAAGGUUCGUAACUCUACAGACUGCCAAGAGCUAAGAGAGUUUGUUUCUGUGUCUGGCCCCAUCGAUAACGUCUACAAGAAGACGGAUAUGAGCCACACGUUGAAGAACGCCGCAGGAGGUCGCACCAUUCUGGUCACGAAACAGAACCUUCCAGACACCGUGGUCUGGAACCCAUGGGCCGAGGGCAUAAAACUCUUCGAAGAUCUGGACCAUGAGGACUACAACAGAUACAUCUGCGUAGAAGCAGGAUAUGUAGCAGAACCUGUACGCCUUUCGCCCAACAGUGCUUUCAAGGCAUCUUGUUCUCUAAAGGUCACCUCUUGAGUACCUUUGACAUAUUUCACGAAUGUCAGUCGGAACUCCAGAGACACCAAUGUCAGCAUGAACACCAGAGACGCCAACUAAUCUGGGCACCCUUUUAAGGGAAUUUUUCUGUUUACGGCAUAUUAACAAUUUCUACAAUAAAGUGCCAAAACUUGUCUA